GACCGUUUGGCGCUCCGGCGCUCUAUGGUUUCAGGGCGGGUGGCGGGGCGAGGAAUAUUGCUUUCUUUCGGUUAAGACCUGAGAGAAGAAGGAGAGAAAAUGGCGCAAACGGAGUUCACAAAUGCUACCCAGGAAGUGUUCAAUGUCACCCUUCAUACCACUCUGGCCCUCACCACAAAGCUUGUGCUUCCUACACCUGCCAAGCCUAUCCUUCCAGUGCAAACUGGGGUUCAAGCUCAACAAGAGGAGCAGUCAAGCGGCAUGACUAUAUUCUUUAGUCUUCUUGUAUUAGCUAUCUGCAUCAUAUUGGUGCAUUUAUUGAUACGAUACAGACUACAUUUCUUGCCAGAGAGUGUUGCUGUUGUUUCUUUAGGUAUCCUCAUGGGAGCAUUUAUAAAAAUUAUAGAAUCUCAAAAGCUAGCCAACUGGAAGGAAGAAGAAAUGUUUCGUCCCAACAUGUUUUUUCUUCUUUUACUUCCACCAAUUAUAUUUGAAUCUGGAUAUUCAUUACAUAAGGGGAACUUCUUUCAGAACAUAGGCUCUAUCACCUUGUUUUCGGUGAUUGGGACGGCAAUUUCGGCUUUCAUUGUUGGCGGCGGAAUUUACUUCCUUGGUCAGGCUGAUGUAAUUUAUAAACUCAAUAUGACUGACAGCUUUGCUUUUGGUUCCCUGAUCUCUGCUGUUGACCCAGUAGCUACAAUUGCCAUCUUUAAUGCUCUUAAUGUUGACCCUGUGCUUAACAUGUUGGUCUUUGGUGAGAGUAUUCUCAAUGAUGCAGUCUCGAUCGUCCUAACAAACACAGCAGAAGGUUUGACAAGAGAACAUACAUCCGACGUAAGUGGAUGGCAAACCUUUGUACAGGCUCUGGGUUACUUUCUGAAGAUGUUCUUCGGAUCUGCAGCGCUGGGCACUCUGACUGGUCUUAUUUCUGCAUUAGUGCUGAAGCAUAUUGAUUUACGGAAAACUCCUUCCCUGGAGUUUGGGAUGAUGAUCAUCUUUGCUUAUCUUCCCUAUGGACUCGCAGAAGGUAUUUCUCUCUCAGGUAUCAUGGCUAUCUUGUUCUCUGGCAUUGUAAUGUCUCACUACACCCAUCACAACCUUUCUCCAGUUACACAGAUCCUCAUGCAGCAGACUCUGAGAACCGUGGCAUUUAUGUGUGAAACGUGUGUGUUUGCCUUUCUGGGUUUGUCAAUUUUCAGCUUUCCUCACAAGUUUGAAAUGUCCUUUGUCAUUUGGUGCAUAGUGCUGGUGCUUUUUGGCAGAGCUGUCAAUAUUUUCCCUCUCUCUUACCUGCUUAAUUUCUUCCGGGAUCACAAGAUCACCCCCAAAAUGAUGUUCAUCAUGUGGUUUAGCGGCCUGCGUGGGGCAAUUCCUUAUGCCUUGAGCCUCCACUUGGGCUUGGAGCCCAUAGAGAAGCGCCAGCUUAUUGGCACCACAACCAUCAUCAUUGUGUUGUUUACAAUCUUAUUGCUGGGUGGAGGAACCAUGCCCUUAAUCAGGCUGAUCGAUAUUGAGGACUCUAAAGCGCGGCGCAGGAACAAGAAGGACAUUAACCUCAGCAAGACAGAAAAAAUGGGUAAUACCAUUGAAUCUGAGCACUUGUCUGAACUCACAGAGGAAGAGUAUGAAGCCCACUACAUAAAGCGCCAGGACCUCAAAGGCUUCAUGUGGCUUGAUGUCAAAUACCUGAAUCCUUUCUUUACCAGAAGGCUCACACAGGAGGACUUACAUCAUGGACGCAUACAGAUGAAAACCCUCACCAACAAAUGGUAUGAGGAGGUGCGACAAGGACCCUCUGGAUCUGAAGACGAUGAACAGGAAUUAUUGUAACUGGAUGGCAUUGAGUUGCACAAGCUGAUGCAUCAAAUCCAGACUUAACUCAGAGAAUUUAGGAAGACAGGAUCUCGUGCUGCACUGAAGCUUCACAGGAUGUGUCUAUCAAGUAUACAUUUCACUGUCUUAAGACUUCCAACACAAAAACGCCACAUGCUUUGACACAAAAGACUGCCAAAUUUCUGGAAAUGAUGCUGAAUCCCUGUACAGCAAACACCAACUGCACUGGGAUCAUAAGAAAAUGAUUACAAUUUGUGCUGUAAAUGUAUGUUAGAGAGAUUCUGUAGAACUGCUUCAGAAAACUUCUGUGCACUUUAUUCUACCUUUUUUCAAUACACUGGCCUAGCAUUGGGAGUAAUGAUGAGUAAUACUGUGAACUUGUAUCAAUGAUGAGCAAGUAAAUUAUUAUUUAAGUUUCAUCUUUAAUUUCCUCUCUUGCCAUAUUAUAGACUCAGGGUGCAGCAUAAGAGCAACACCAGGGGGUUGUUGCUGUGCAUGGAAAAAAGCGCCUGAUUAAAGCCUCGUGGCUGCUGUAUUUCAAA